UCGUCGUCGUCGCCAAUAAGAAAGGAUUACUCUCUCUCUUAACUGUGUCUCCAUCCCAGCCAGAACCACAAACCAGAACCAUGUUCACUUCAUCAAUUCGUUUCUUUGCUGUCUGUGCUGUUGUCGCGGUAGUGUGUGCUCGGCCUCAACAAAUCCAGGACGAUUCAUCCUCAACAACACCAGCAACUAUCAUCAAACAAGUCGAUGUUAGCAAUCCUGAUGGAAGCUAUAACAACAGCUAUGAAACAUCAAAUGGAAUUAAAGUUGAAAAUUCAGGAUACAUGAAGACCAUUGUUGUCCCCAGAUCUGUCGAUGAAGAUGGUAAAGCUUUGGAGGAACACGAAGAAGUCGUUCUAGUACAAAGCGGUUCAUACACAUACUCAGAUCCCGAGGGCAAUAUCAUUACUUUAAAAUACAUUGCUGAUGAAAACGGCUUCCAGCCCCAAGGAGAUCAUCUGCCAGUUGCCCCUGAGCCUGUGGCACCAUCAGGCCAGCCUCAGCAAUAAAAAAAUCCCACGACCGCAAGACAUAUACUCAGUUAAUCAUGCCAAAACUAUUAUUAACCAUUUAGUCAUUACUCGUA